AUGAUCCCAGCAGACCCUGCUCCUUUGCUUCUGCUCACGCUGACCGUCUCAUCCGUCCUCGCUGCGUUCUUUCUCCUUGGAUUACUGAAGAUGCUGCUCCGUAGCGUCGGCAGGGAAAGACUCGGGAGGGUUCGGCGUCCGCCGGCGCCGCCGGGCAUCCACGGGAUCCCCCUGGUGGGGGAGACCCUCUCUUUCCUAUCAGCCGACCGCAGCGGCAAGGGGUUCUACGAGUUCGUACGGGCCCGCCGCCUCCGGUGACUCCAUCGACCUCUUUUGAGAACUAUCUGUCAAAGCCCAAGGUACACUGAUGAGUUCUCUCUUCCUUGGGCAGGUACGGGAACUGCUUCAAGACAAGCAUCUUCGGGAAGACCCAGGUCUUUGUCUCAACAACCAGCGCCGCCAAGGCAGUCCUCGGCGGCGACUCCGUCGGUUUCUCGAAGAUGUACAUGAGAUCUAUCUCGGAGCUGCUGGGAAAGCAGAGCUUGCUGUGUGCUUCUCCAGAGAACCAUCGCCGCCUCCGCCGGCGCAUGUCUACACUCUUCAACACCCAGUCCUUGGAAGCGUCGGUAAGGACAUUCGACGGGCUGACGGUGGAAGCUCUGGGUAAGUGGAAGCAGGGACAGACAAUGGUGGUGCUCGAGGAAGCUCUAAAGGUACUACUUACAGUCCAUAGACAUAGCCUUAAUCCCAUGAUCUUACUGGAGGUUGUCGUCGCAGAUAACAUUCGCGGCCAUAUGCAAGCUUCUGGCGAGCAUAGAGAGAGAAGACGAACUGGCCGAGAUGCAGAGAGAUAUCUCCGAAGUCACCGAGGCCAUGCUUUCCAUCCCUCUCAAGCUUCCAGGGUGCAGGUUCUUCAAAGGGCUCAAGGUAAUGGCCUGUUCACCUAACCACCAGCUCCGCUGCCAUGAACAUGGGAAAUCGGCAAGCCAUGGGAUUGACUGAUGGUGAACAGGCAAGGAGAAGGGUAAUGACCUCGCUGAGGAAGACGAUACGCCAGAGGAGAGAAGGUUCAGAGCACCACGACGAUUUCCUACAAUCUCUUCUCGCCAUGGACGACCAACGCUCCUCGGACGACCAGUUGACGGAUUCACAAAUCUUAGAUAACAUGCUUACUCUAAUCAUUGCAGGUAAUGGUUGACAAACUAAAUGGAAAAUCCUGAUCUUUGAGAUCUUCAGUGUUGAAGUUGGGAUGAAAACUGUCUGUUGCGAUGCAGGGCAGAUCACCACGGCGAGCGCGAUUGCAUGGAUGGUCAAGUACUUGGACGAGAAUCCAAACGUUCAGGAGAGAGUCAGAGUGAGGAAGAGGAAGACGAACAACCCUAUUUUGCAUCUACCUUCUCUCUUUGUUUCUACUCAAGAAGCUCAUCACCCCGUUCUGCACAGGAACUGCACUUGCCAUUACUAGUCGGCAAUGCUCCCGGAGAGAACAACCUCGACCCUGAAGCUCUCGGCCAGAUGGCGUACGCAUCGAUGGUAGGAACAGGAAUCACAAGAAGAAACUCCCAUAGCUGUCAGAAAAACGCAAUAGAUAACGAUUAGAGAGUAUCAAUAUAUAUAUAUAUAUAUAAUGAUAUUUAUUCCUUAUUUUAACUGUCACAUAAUCGUCGACUUAUCUGACAACUUAGGAGCCAACGUUGAAAAAUUGUAGCUUUUUUACGCAAGUGGGUUUCAGGUGGUGAAGGAAACGUUGAGGAUGGCGAGCAUCGUCUCAUGGUUCCCAAGGGUUGCUCUAGAAGACUGUGAGGUCGAAGGUAAGAUGCCAGAGGAAAUCACAUAAGAUGAAUCAUGUGAGAAGAAUCUUAUAUCGAAAGAUACAAACUACAUUACGUGAUUCAAUUUUCAUCAUAAUACAAAAAUUAUAACACAAUCCCGAAUUAGAUGAAUCCGUUUCUCAACGUUGUCUCAAUGAUCGUUGACUCAUCUUUGUUAUAAUCCUAGGUUGACUUUUACCUGCCUUUGACGUAGUAUCAGUGUCAUAGACAUAAUCUCAUGUUCAAGGCCUCACUCAAAGGAUCCGCAUGCACCUGAGUGAGGGAGAGCGUUAGAAUAGUCCUCAAAUUUAAAAGUUUAUUAUAUUUGUUUCAGUGGCCAUGGUUCCCCAACUUUGCCUAAAUCCAAACGUUGACCAUCUUAAUAUUUUAGUUCAGUCGUCGUCGUCGCCAUCUUGCAGUAUGGAGUUGUCUCAGAUGAGAGAGAGAGAGAGAGAGAGAGAGAGAGAGAGAGAGAGAGAGAGAGUAGUCUCACAUUGAGAGACGAUUUGGCAGGUUUUCAGAUCGCAAAAGGCUGGAUUGUGAACGUUGACGCCAGGCACAUACACUCGGACUCGGCCGUGUACGACAACCCGGGCAAGUUCUUCCCUCUGAGGUUCCACGUACGUUCCUGCAUCAUGUCCCCGUUCUUCGCCUGCUCGAACAGAGGACGACGCCAUGACCCUUCUAUCUUCUCCUCUCUUCUCCUCUCUUUGCCCCUGAAUACAGAAGGACCCAAAACCGUACAGCUUCCUGGCGUUCGGCACCGGCGAGAGGACUUGCUUGGGGAUGAACCUCGCCAAGGCCAUGAUGCUGGUCUUUCUCCAUCGCCUGGUCACGAUGUUCAGGUCUCCCCCUGUCUCUCUCUCUCUCUCUCUCUCUCUCUCUCUCUCUCUCUCUCGUUCUCUCUAAAGACUGGGAAUAAGGUGAGGUGAUAUCAGGUGGAAGGUGAUCGACACAGACACGAGCCUGGAGAAAGGGGCGCUCUUUCCUAGGCUCAGGAGCGGAUGCCCAAUCAAGGUGACACCGAUCUCGUCGAGUGAUUGA